AUAAGCAUAAUAUUCUAAUUGUCCCUGGUCUAAUAUUAUUAAUUUGGGACAUUAAUAAUUAAUAGACCUGAAUGUGGAUUAACUGAUGACUAUAUUUCACUACUCAUGGGUAUAGAGAUAUCAAGUUAAUAACAUAGAUGCUUGUUAGGGAAAAAGUUCAUUGGACAAACCCAACUUGAGGACACUGCUAGGUUAUAUGUCAUCAGUGUUGUCCUUAAUAAUGAUGAGGUGCUAUAUUCUUAUAUUUGAGAUAAUCAUGGUUACUUGCAUGGGAAUUAAUAUGUAUUAACAUCAUUAAAUACUAUCUUUAAAUAGAUAAUUAUAAAGGUGGUGAUUGUACAUAUUAUGAACCAUGUAGUGGUAUGUGAAUUAUCAAGAUAGUUUUUGUCACUCUUGUAUAGCGAGAGAAAGAUAUUGUUGAGGUUUAUUCCUUCAACCCUCGGUCCAACACAUAAGCCCAAGGAUUUCGAGUGGAUUGUUUAAGAGUGGGUGAUUAACUAGUCCAGCAACAAGUAAGAUGGGUUAAGGGAACAAUGAAUGAGUAAAGGACCGGAUAUUAUUAAUGAUGAAUAACGCCCCGGUACAAUUACACUUGCUAAGGUCGAAUGCCGUUCGUCUUACCCUGCAGUAGAAGAUCUGUGAGUAAUAAGAAGAAGUUAAGAAUGCAGUUUGGGAUAUGGAUAAAAACAGUGCACCUGGCCCUGAUGGUUAUAAUGGAGUCUUCUUUAGACAUUGUUGGGAUAUUGUGGGUCAAGAUGUUGUCAGAGCGGUUCAAGAUUUUUUUCAAGGAAAUGUUAUUCCUACAGCUACGGCCAGUUCCCUCAUAGUCCUUAUUCCAAAGAAAGACAAGAUAUCUACCUUUUCAGAAUUUAGACCUAUCAGUCUUUCCAACUUUGUGAGUAAGGAAAUGAUCAAUUCCAUUGACAGAAAGGUCAGGGGUACCAAUGUUGUGGUUAAAUUGGACAUGGCAAAAGCUUUUGAUAGACUGGCCUGGACUUUCUUAGAAGCAGUGUUGUCUAAGUUUGGAUUUUCUAAUUGUUUUAUCAAUUUAAUAUUGAAUCAUUUAAGGGCUACUCAUUUUUCAGUUCUCAUAAAUGGUUCACCUAAAGGCUUUUUUCAACCCCAUAGAGGAGUAAAGCAGGGAGAUCCCCUCUCUCCUUUCCUCUUCAUUCUUGCUACUGAAGCUCUAUCUAGAGGCUUAAAAUGCAUGGUUGCUGAAAAUAAAAUGAAACCCUACUGGAUUGGUCCUGUGGGACAAUCAGUUACUCAUCUUUGCUUUGCUGAUGAUAUCCUUGUCUUUCUUAAUGGGGAAGCUAGAUCUAUUCAGAAUUUUAAGAGUUUUUUGGGUCUCUACCAAAAGGCUUCAGGUCAGGCCAUUAAUUUUGAUAAAAGCAGUUUUGGAUGUGGUAAAACUUCCCUGGCUCGAAUCAGGAACUUGGAGAGGCUCUUGGGCAUGACUAAACUCAGUUUUCCCAUGAAGUAUCUAGGAGCUUCCCUGCAUAAAGGAAUCAAUAGGAAAAAUUACUGUAAUGGUAUUCAUCAAAGCUUUGAUAAAAAGUUGUCAACAUGGAAGCAGAAAAUUUAAGCUUUGGAGGGAGACUAGUGCUUAUUAAACAUGUUCUUAACACCAUCCCUUUGCAUAUAUUGGCUGUGGAUACCUUGCCUAAGGCUUGAAAUCCCUUGUACUACCAGAUAUACUCCAAUUAGGCAGAUGUUCAUUGCCUGGUGGCUUGAAGCAGGGAAUAAGAACUUAACUGAUAUUUUCAAGCACAAUAUGGCAGGCAUUAUUUCUUGGCACAUCUGGAAAAAUUAUUGUCGGAUUACCUGGGGAGGGGCGAAUGAUAUCCCGAAUUGGCAGACUAUUAUUGGCCAGAUUAAAGCUUUCGUGCAGGUCUGGUCUGAUAUUCAGCUCACUAAUGUUAAAAUUGGAAAGCCUAGUUCUUUUCUUUUUAAAGAAAGACUUCUGGCUACAUCUUUUAAAACUAAGAAACUGCAGCUUCGAGCUUUGAAAUGGAGAUUACCUCAGAUGGACUUCAAAUUGAACGUCGAUGCCUUUUUCAGACCUGGUCGGGCAGCUGGUGGAGCGGUGAUACGUUCUAGGCUCGGUGAGCUCGCGGUGGCUCUCCACUUCCCGGUUCCUGCAAGCUCUGCAAUGGAGGCGGAAUUUCAAGCGGUGCACUAUUCUGUUCAUUGGGUGAUUACAAAUGGCUACCAUAAUCUGGAGGUUGAAUCGGAUUCAAGGAUGGUAGUGGAAGAAAUUUUGGGAGGAGGUCUGGAUGGAAGAUGGAAGUUGAUGGUUUCGGACCUUAGAAGAUGGAUGGUUGGUUCGGAUAUCAACUUCAGACAUAUUCUACGAGAUAGUAAUUGGACUGCUCAUUCUAUUUCUAAACUUAAUUUGGAUAAUAUGGUUAUUUUUGACAAUUUCCGACAGCUGCCAGGUCAUAUUCGUCGAACGAUUAUUACUGAUAAGCUUGGUUUAAGUUAUUUUAGAAUUUAUUGAUUUUCGUUGAUUUAUUGGGUAAGGUUUGGUCCCCCCAAUUUCUUUGCCUCUGUUUCUUAGAGGGGUUUUGGCAUAGUCCCCCCCUCUUUUGUUUGAAUCUUUCAUAUAGUUUAAUAAAACUCGGUAAAUGUCCCCCGACAUUUACCCCACUGAUUUUGGUGGUUGACCUUCCGGGGUAGAAAAAAAAAUAGCACCAAUGGGCAGUUGGCCAUGCUGAUGUGGAGAGUUAUGGAUGGCUGAUGUUCCAACCACCAAAUCUUCAGCAUUAAAUGCGCUUCCCGCCAGAAUCUGGGUUUCCCGCCUAAUUCGUGGGGACGAACGUCCCUCUGGCUUGGGGCCUGCUCCUGAUGACCCUCGCAAGGGUUAUGGGCCGUCCGUAUCCUGGCCCUUGGGAGAAUUCACCAUAUAGAUUGGAUUAGCCAUCGUGCAGUUAUGGGCCUUUGGUGGAGACGUUCGUCUCCGUGGCCUUUGUAUGUCGGCGUGGUCUACCGUUGCCCUGGCUGGACGCCCGUCGGGGUGGGUUGCCUUGUUGGACGGGACGUUCGUCUGAAUGAGGGGGUAAAUGGGGUGAUCCUCUAUUUGGGCCAUUAACCCAACACAAGCCCCCCACUUCUGAUGUUCCA